AUGAAGCUUUUCGACGUACUCCUCCCUCCAGCAAUGAUUGUCCUGGCCAUGACCAAUGCCGUCACGAGCACGGUGCUCCGACUCGAAGAGAUGGCUAGGGUAUUCACAAUGUCGGUAUCAGUCUCCGCGGCUAUUGUUAAGGAAUCACCUGCUUCGAAAUGGAGGGGUAGGCGCGAUAUGAAAUUGUGCACUCGUGCACAAGGGAUGACUGAGUGA